GAAUAUAUAAAAUUUGACGAGGGCAAGUUUAUUGUUUUUUCGUACAUCAAAACAAUUUUCGUAGUUGCACUAAAUUUCACUUUUAUCCCUGUCUCGACCCUACUAACGAAAACAGAGACAUCUGACGAUGUGUCAUUUUAGGCGACAUCUUGUGGUGAAUAUUAACAAAAGCAAUGCGGAAAAUUAGUUGUUGAGACAGAGAAUGUAAAUGAAGUGCAAAACCUUGUAUGGGUUAGUUGAUGCCAUGAAUUAUAUUAUUUGAAAAUUGAGAUAAGUUAAUCAAUAAUUUAAAACUUGGCACAUUAAAUAAAUUUACGCGAAUAGAACUAUAAACAGAGAAUUCUCUGCAAUAAAGUUAUAAAAUAGAUAUGGGGUUUUGAUUUCUUCUUUUAUAAAAAUAUUUUGAAAUAUGGCAAUAUAUGCAUAAAAAUGCACAUAUGUCAAAAUGUCAAAUAUUUUGAUUGGGUUGUGGAAUUUGUACUCAGUUUAAUAAUAAAUUCUCAUCUUUAAUAAUAUUUACGGAGGAAAGUUAAAAAUGUUUAAUAAUACAAAGAAUGUUUUUAUUUCUGCAAGUCGUAUUGGCACAAUCAAUCCAUUGUGCUAUAGAAGAGAUAUAAAUGACGUUUUAAAUUUUUCUGCGAUAAAGCCGUUGCAUACAACUGCUGCACGCCCGAAUAAGACACGUGUUGCUGUGUUACCUUUGCCUAAUAACAUCGAUCCAGCUGAGACUACACGCUUCUCACCAAAUCGUACAAGAGAUAUAACUGGUCCUGUGAUACUAUCACAACAAGCCCAAUCUGUUUUGUCCAACAUAGACGUCACUGCUGAUAACACAAAUACAGCAACAACCGCUCCAAAUACUGGCUAUGACGCACAAGAUCCUCAUGUACAAUCAUAUGAUUGCUUUGGGGCAGUUAGCCUUAAUGCUGUGAUGCAAAGCAACGUGCCAAAUCCAUAUGGUGGAAUGCAUAAAUUCUCGCAUUUAAAUAUGCCAGGCGGUCAGUGGUCACAAGAGGGUAAAUUCAUGUCGAACAACUUACAUACUUCCCAUUACACUAAUUUGCGUAAGGAUGUGCGUUCAGACUGGAUGACUUAUGAUCAGGAUUUUGACAUCAAUAAAAAAGCAACAACACUUUCAAUUCAAAAAUUAACGCCAAGCCAGACAGUCAAACGUUAUUAUAGUACGCAAACUGAUGGAGAUAAAUCACCGGCGGUGCUGAGUAAAAAAGAGCAACUUAAAAAGGCAUUUAAAGACUAUGGAUCCACUGUUAUAGUAUUUCAUGUAGCUAUAUCAUUAGCAUCACUUGGCUGCUGUUAUUUACUAGUUUCUGGAGGAAUAGAUAUUGUGCCAUUACUGGAGCGGCUGGGUUUUGCAUCGUCAGCGCUAACGAAUAAAAUAACAACAGGUGCAAGCACGUUUGUUAUUGCAUAUGCUAUACACAAAGUAUUUGCACCCGUGCGAAUAAGCAUUACAUUGGGUGCCACUCCAUUUAUUGUACGAUUCAUGCGUUCGAAGGGUUAUAUGAAGCCACCAAAAAUAUAAAAUACAAACGAAAAUAUUUUGUUUUUAAUACUAACACACUAACAGCAAUACAUAUGAUAACUUGUAUAAUAUUAUGAUCAAAGCAAACAAAAUAUAUAAACAUGCAUACAUUUACACUUUUUAUUCGUUUUGCUGAACACAUUGUACGCAAACGUAUUAUUUUACACAUAUCAAAUUGUCGAAAUAAAAAAAAUUGCCUUAUUUUUAGAAACUAUUAAACGCA